AUGGCGCUCAGUCUCGAGCUGAAUUUGACCCUCCUCGUCAUCCUGCUCUCGCUCCGUGCCAUCACCGCGCACUCCCACUCCCAUCAUGAUACAGCCUCCUCGGAAGAAGAACCACCGCUGUCCUUCUCAGUGGGCCCGAACUACCCCUACGCGCUCGAAGACCUGGAUAAAGACCUUCCUUUCUCUCAACCGGUCACUUUCGCCCACCUUCCCUGGCACCGGUGCUUCUCGGCCAGCCACACUUCUCCGCUCGACAUCGCAAUCGUAGGCUUUCCCUACGACACGUCUACAUCGUACCGCCCCGGCGCCCGCUUCGGGCCACGAGGCAUCCGCGCUGCCAGCUCGCGCGAGAAAAAGGGCCGCUCGUACAACACGGUAUGGGGCAUUGACCCCUUCACGGACGGCGGCCUCAACAUCGUCGACUGCGGCGACAUCCCCAUCACGCCCUUCGACGCCCAGCACGCGUUCCGCCAAAUGGAGCAAGGAUACCGCCAGAUCCUCUACCACAACACAUCCACGUCCACGUCCACGUCCAACGCCUCUAGUAGUAUGAGUAGCCUGAACGAGUGGUCCCAUCCCCGCAUUCUAAGCCUGGGAGGCGACCACUCGAUCGUGCUCCCCGUCCUCCGCUCGCUGAAGACCAUCUACGGCCCCAUCAGCGUGAUCCACCUCGACUCGCACCUCGACACCUGGGACCCCUACGCCGGGUACACGGGCAUCGUCAGCGAGCAGUCGGCCAUCACGCACGGGACCUUCUUCUGGCACGCGGCGCGCGAGGGCUGCAUCGCCAAGGGCAGCUCCGUGCACGGCGGCCUGCGCACCAAGCUGUUCAGCCCCGCCGACUACGAGACGGACAAGCAGGUCGUCGGAUUCGAGCUCAUCGAGGCGCACGAGAUCGAUGACGACCCGCGCGGCAUGAGCGGCAUUGCCGCGCGUGUCAAGUCCAUCGUCGGCACCACGAACCCUGUGUAUUUGAGCAUCGACAUCGAUGUCCUGGACCCGAGCAUCGCGCCCGCGACGGGCACGCCAGAGUCCGGUGGCUGGACGACGCGCGAGGUCAAACGGUUCAUCAAGGGUCUCGAGGGGAUUCGGCUGGUCGGCGCUGACGUAGUCGAGGUGAGUCCCCCGUAUGAUACGGUCGCAGAGGUGACCAGCGUGGCGGCGAGUGAUUUGCUGGUGGAUAUUAUGGCGUUGAUGGUCAAGGAUUCGCUGGGGAAGGCGGACGGGAAGGAUACAGUGGGUGACGGAGAGGUGAGGAGAAAGGAUGAACUGUAG